AUGGAGGAUGUCAAUAACACAUUUAAUGUCACCAUGCAAGCAUUCCAUCUGCUGUCUGAAGCAUAUACAUUCUGUUACAUAAAUCUCAAGAAAGCCAAUAUACCGAUCCCGGAACUUAAUCAAAUGAUUCAGAUGACAAAGGCGACUGUAUCUUAUCUCCUGUCGAACUCGCCCACCAUUAUUGGGCAAUUGUACAAUAUAUUGUUUAAAAUGGUCAUAGAGUCCAACUUUGUGGGCUUGUUUCUAGUUUUAGUUCUUCUAUAUAUCGCGUAUUGCUUUGUCAUGGGAACAGUUCGAUGGUUAUAUAGAGUACUAUAUGGAUUUGUUCGCUUCACCAUAAUCAUAUUGUUGUUCGCUGGUCUCAUGUAUGCUCUUCAUUUAUAUCACCUCAGUACAAUAACCAAUCAUAACCAUGCAACAAAAUCAUAUACCUAA